UCCCCAGCCACAGAGGGAGAUGAGAGACUGGAUCAGACAGAGAGAUGCAGUGAGACGGGACAUCGCAGCCACAGAGCGCUGUUAGAUGAAGACAAGCAGCUUUCAGCAAGGCAGUCAUCCAGUUCAGUCACAGAGAACCCCUUGGCUGCAGGAACACCUGCAAGUGAAUCAUGAAUUUAAGAUGAAAGGAACAAGACACUGAAAGAGAAUUAAAUAAUGCCGAGGUUCUGGUUGGAUCCUGAUUAGUCAAAACAUGCGGACCCCACCGCCGAUGAUCAUCGGGAUUAUCAGUGCUCCUCUUGGGCUAGUCUUAGUAUUUGUAGCUGUGUUAACCCCACAGUGGCGCCAGGGGUCUGUUAAUCUUGGGAAAAACACAGCCAUGAAGUCUGAUGGUCUGUGGGAGUCAUGCCUGGAACUGCAGGACACCAAACAGUGCUGGCCGGUGACCACGGUGUAUCAGAGGGAUGAAAUUGUACAGUGGUCCAGGGCCCUCAUGCUGAGCUCCCUCCUGGUCUGUGGAAUGGGGAUCAUCGUGGCCAGUGUUGGGAUACGUUGCUGGAUGGACUUCCCCCUUCGUAAUGUAGCUGGAGCUAGUGGAGUUGUCAUUAUCCUGGCUGGAUCUUUGUGUAUCACCCCACUGACUCUCUACAUGACGUCCAUGCAGGAAAUCAGCCCUGACACCCACACACAGUACCAAAGUGGGAGUUCACUAUACUUUGGUUGGGCUGGAAGCUGUAUUGAGAUCUUUGGAGGAAUAGCUCUCGCUCUCAGCUUCACCUGUCCAACAUUUGAGAGAUGUAGAGAGUCAGGACAAAAUGCUAAAAGACCCUAUGAGGUUGAUUACUAGAUCAAAUCAUUGGGCACCAGCCUGCCCUGAUCAUUUCUAACAUGCUGCUGUACAUUAAGGCAUGUAUUAAAUGUUAAAUCCCAACCAACUGUAUGUGGCAUCAUCAUUUAAUUAAUAGCUUUAGCGUCUUAGCUGGGUAUGUAUUAACUGUGAUGAAUAAGAUUGCCCUUGGAUUUUCCAGAAUUAAAGGUUAAUUUCUAUUCAUUCUUGGGAGAACUUAGGAAAAAUAAAUUACUUGACAUUUAAAAAAUUCUUUGAACAAGUGUUCUUCAGUUUUAAGCCUGUUUGCAAAGAAGAGGCUAAGUGGCAGAUGAGGAUCAUCUAACAAUAUAUGAAGUGAAUGUAGCCAAUAGGAAGAAGUGGGGCAGUGCAGUAAAGGGGCAUUUAAACCUCCAGUCAUGUAUGCAACCACGUUAGCAAUCCUAGUGACUCAAGUAGUCCCACCUUUGUUCAUUCAGAA